AUGGCGUGUCGUGGCCUGCGUGCGCUGGCAGCGGCGGGCCUCCUGGCGCUUACACUGCCGCAGGCAGCCCUGGCGAAACUAGAGACCGCGCCGGCGUACGCGUGGGGCAACACGGCGUUCAUCAACCCGAACAAGGACGACAAAUACUUCGUUAGCAAUGAGCUCGUGAGCGACCGGUUAGUUCUCGGGCUGGUGGACGGGGUGGUGUCCGCGUCGCGUGGGUACGCGGAAGUGGAGCAGAUCCUGAGCGACGCGAUCGCGCAGGAGCGCCCCGAGGUGGUGCUGGUGUUCGAGGACGGCGCGGGGGCCGGGCGGGGCGCGGAGCCUCGGGCAGCCACAGACGCACUCACCCUCGCGCAGGCUGCGGACCGCGCCGUGUUCCUGCCGUACGUCCAGGGCCACGGAGCCAAGUCUAUCGGACAGAUCGUAGCGAAUAUGGGCGCGGGGGCGCAGGGAACGUUCAGCGUGGGGUGCGGGGAGCGCGCGGGCACCGCGCUCGGCGGCCUCGAGGACGUCCCCAGCGCGCUGGAGGCGGCGCGCGCCGGCGGGGAGCCCACGCCCCUCGUCGUCGUGUGCGGCGGGCCGGCCCUCACCCUCGACGCCGCCGUCGCCCAAGUCGCCGGAUCGAAGCACGUGGUCUUCUACCGCGCGGUGCCGGGGCCGCGGAGGGCGCUCAAGGGCGCGCAGGACGAGCGGGAGUGCGGCGACAAGUGCCAGGCCCAGGCUCUGUUCUUCGAGGGGGUAGUGGUGGUUAUACUCGUGCUGCUGGCGAUCCUGUCGGGCGUCGGGCUGCUGACGAGCCUGCAGGCGCCGACGCGGUGGGAGCAGCGCGAGCACGGCGACUGA